UGUCUAGGUCACGUUGUAACAACGCCGGAAACACUUUUCUCUUAUGCUCAUCUGGCACUUGUAAAGCAUUUUGAUAUUUAUAAUGGAAAAUCCAGCAGUUGUUACUGCUGCUUUUCAGCCGUACUUGGAGUCUAUUCGAAAGGAGCUACAAGCACAGGACCCGACUUUGCUCUCCGUAAUAGUUGCUGUACUUGCUAUUUUCUUAACUGUUGUGGUCUGGAAACUUCUUCAGGGGAGAAAAACUAGUCGGAGAGCUGUGCUCCUUGUUGGCAUUUGUGACGCUGGGAAAACACUUUUGUUCAUCAGGCUUCUUUCAGGAAAAUUUAAGAAGACACAGACUUCAAUCACAGAUGGUUCUGCUGUGUACAAAGUGAAAAAUGACAAGGGUGCCACUUUGACAAUAAUUGACUUGCCUGGUCAUGACAGUUUACGCUACCAGUUCCUGGAGAAGUUUAAGGCCGCUGCCAGAGCUGUAUUAUUUGUUGUGGAUAGUUCUGCAUUCCAGAAAGAAGUGCGGGAAGUAGCAGAGUUUCUUUAUAGUAUCCUGACGGAUAGUGUUAUCCUGAAGAAUGCACCUCCACUCUUAAUAGCGUGUAACAAACAAGAUAUUACAAUGGCUAAAUCUGCAAAACUGAUACAACAGCAGCUAGAAAAAGAACUAAACACGCUUCGAGUGACACGUGCUGCCGCCCCAAGCUCAUUGGACACUUCUGGCUCUGGAGGAGCCGUACACCUUGGUAGAAAGGGCAAGGAGUUUGAAUUCUCUCAUUUGCCAAUGAAGGUAGAGUUUGUAGAGUGUAGUGCCCGAGGUAACAAAGGUGAAGACAAUGAAGCAGAACUGGAACACCUUGAAAUGUGGCUGAGCAAGAUUGCUUAAUUCGACAGUCCUGUAUUAUCAGUAGAAAAACCUCAGGUGUCAAAAGCAGAUAUUACCAGUACAAAAAAAAAGUUGGCCAAAGUUUUUUCAGUAUCAUUUAAUAAUUCCAGUUAUAUUUUUGUUGGUCACUGGAUUUUAGUGCAGGCCUUUUUUUUGAUGCUGUUUUUGUACUGCAUGUUCUGCUGUUUCCAGUCAUGUGGACUAAAUUUAAACGGCAUUGUAAUUUUUAUUUGUAAUACUUUGUUGAAUAUUAUAAGUUAGUAUUUAAACACUGAGGCUUUUGAUGGUAUAGACAACAAUUUUUGUGCGUGUUUUCAUCUUGUUGGUGUCACUCAGCAGCCUUAGAAUGAAUGGUUUGCUGUUUUCCCCUGCUGAUGAAUACUCCUCCUCGGUAGUGGUGGAGAAUAUGGCCAUUAAGGGCAUAUGGUCUUCAUUAACAUUAUUUAAUUUUCUUUUGGAGAAACAUCAUCUUUAGUCAUAUGAUAACUUCACGUAGGUAAACUUUGAUCAUUUCCUCCUUCAUGUAGGGCAAGUAAGGCUUGCAUUUACCCAAACACACUUUACUAGUAUGACUUGUCAUUUGUAUUACCUUAUGUUAUGACAUGUACAAAAAGGCAUCAUUAGUGCUUAUUGUACUGCAGCUGCUACCACUUUUGCUAUUUGUUUUAAGAAUGUCUGUGAAGUCAUGCUGUGGUGAUCCAUCUUUCCCUUUAUUAAUACAACAAGCUUGAUACAGUCUAGAAGCUGAGAAGGCCUUGGUAGGAUGUCAUUAAGGUGUCCUACUUUUGCUGUUUACUCUGAUUAGUCUUCUAAAACUACUACUCAUUCUCUACACUUGUUACAGGUGUCCUCACCAACAAAAGCUGUGCAAUUGCAGUUCUGUGUGAUAUUUAACGUAAUGGCAGAUAUUCAAGUGAGGAAAUCUUGUAGCAGUACAGCUUGCCCUUCUUUGCCCACAACCCUCCUCCUUUUAGAUUUGGAUUUGUCUGAUAUUUUAAUUCUGUCAUAAGUUGCAUGUAAUAUGAUGUAGUUGUUUAUAAAAAAAAAUCUUUUAACUGUAAUUGUUUCUUAAUGGAAGAGACACAGAUAAGAAGUGAUAACUUUUAUCUCUCCCUCAAAGAUUUACUGUUGUGCUGAGUGUCAAGAACCGUACUAUUUCUACCUCCAAUUCCGACAUUAACAUACAAGUUUUAGUAGCUUACAUUACAGUUAUGCAGCUGCUUAGAUGCAUUUGUACGUUUUUUAUCUGGGAUCUCCUGCUCUUUCUCUGCCACUUGUGUUCAUUUUUUUUUUCAUUUAAUAUCAUAAGGUCUUUCUUUCAUCUUAGUGUUCCAUACACUGCAUUGACAUCUUUUCAAGUAUUGUUUUUCAGCAUUUCUGAACUAGUGUUGCUGCAUACAAAGGCUAGCAACUUUUUUCUUAGUUUUUUGAAAGUUCGGUAACCCUCUUUAGAUUAUGCUUGCACUUUUUCUUUUAAGGAAUAGUGUAUAGCAUAUUCUCAUUCAGACAUAAAAACUAUAUCCCUUUAAUAAUGAGGAAGGAGGUGAAAGCACUGUGGACAAGACAAACUUGCAUCAGUUACGCCAACUUUGCAUGACUCUUCUGUUGCCCUGAUUAUGAUCAAUGUGUGUGUAUAUUAAAUGCUUUUCAAGGAUUCUUUUGAUAAAAGCUAACCUCAUGUUGAGUCACAGUUUGCAUAACACUAGAAUGAAGUCAAAUGUUGCCUGCUUUGGUAGAGUUCCCGAUCAUUGUGCCUGAAGGUGCUUCUUAAUAAGGAAUUCGGUCACAUGUCUACAGUUUAGGUUCAUUUCUUUGUAUACACACACCCACGGUUUAGGUUUUGCUUCUUUGUGCAGCUAAGUACUUUUCUUUCUUGAAUAUGUACAGAAACAUUAUUUUCUUGCAAGUGUCCUAAUUACUGUACAUGUGAAGUAGUUGCAGGCUGAAGUAUUAGCACAAGAACAUAGUAAAGGUGGAAAUUAAAGUAGCAGAAAGAUCUGUAUUCAUCAUAUAUGUAUAUUUUAAAAUAAAUCCAGGGGUAAAAUUAGUACAGGAAAUAACAUUUUUGUUUAAAUUUUGUUAUAUGAAGUCUGUCUGUUUUGCAAUUAGAGUACAUUUAAAACUGAAGGUGAGAUGCAAUUUUAUGAAGCUGAAACACUGACUCUGACAUCAGAGAAGUGCCAUGUGGCCUACUUAGUAUAUCCAGUAUGAGAAAUGAACUGUACUUUGUGUCAUCCUUCUUCAGGUUGGGUGUAAAAUUCAUCUGGAUUGUCAUUUUGCAAAAUAAAUUUGUAUAUGUUUUAAUUUUUGGAACAAAGUUAUUUUUUAAUCUAAAUGUCAUUUUGUACCCCAACAGAAAAAUAACCUUCAACUUCUUUAGGUCAUUUAUAUAUUGGUUUUCCUGACUGUAUUCAUGUACUGUUUAAAAAAUAGUAGUAGUAAAACAUUUCUUUUGUGAGGUAGCCAAAUUGCCAGUAAGUACCAUAUGUCUCUGUAUUACUCUCUGCUGUUUUGAAAUAUGAAUUACAGCUCUUAAAGAAUAGAAUUCAGUUUGGUAAAUAUUGCAUUGCUUUUGUAAGGAAGAAAAAGAGUCUACUAUUUACUAUGCUUUUUGCAGUUUUUAUUGAUUACAGCAGAACUUGAGUAGACUUUAACAGAACAGCCCCAUUGUGUUAGUGCAUCAUGUCACUUGGGUUAAUAAAAUAAGUAAGCUGGCUGAAA